GCUGUGGAGAUAGAGCACUUUGUCCACAUUGUGGCUGGAGUAGCUGUGUCCAUUGGCGUCAUAUUCUUCAUCAUUGCCAUUUCCAUGGGGUACUCUCCACUCACCUCCAUCAUCUUCCUCAUCGGGAUCAUUGUGGCCAAUGUGCCGGAGGGACUUCUGGCUACAGUAACGGUAACGCUGUCCCUGACCGCAAAGCGUAUGGCCAAAAAGAACUGUCUGGUGAAGAACCUGGAGGCUGUAGAAACGUUGGGGUCCACCUCCAUCAUCUGCUCUGAUAAGACUGGAACCCUGACACAGAACAGAAUGACCGUAGCCCACCUUUGGUUUGAUGACCACAUCCAUUCAGCGGACACUAGCGAGGACCAAACACAUCACGCUUUCGAUCAGGUGUCUGAAACAUGGACUGCAUUGUGCAAGAUCGUAUCUCUGUGUAACCGGGCAGAGUUUAGGGCUGAACAGGACGAUGUACCAAUUAUGAAGAAAGUUGUGGUGGGCGACGCCUCGGAGACGGCUCUCCUGAAGUUCUCGGAGGUGCUCACAGGAAACGUGAUGAGCAUCAGAAGUCAGAAUAAGAAGGUGAUCGAAAUACCGUUCAAUUCCACAAACAAGUUCCAGCUGUCCGUACACGAGACGGAUGACCCCCAUGACAAGAGGCUUCUGCUGGUCAUGAAAGGUGCCCCGGAGAAGAUACUGGAGAGAUGUUCCACCAUUAUGAUUAAAGGGAGCGAGCUGCCUCUGGAUGAGUCUAUAAAGGACACCUUCCAGACCGCUUACAUGGAGCUUGGAGGCCUGGGGGAGCGAGUACUAGGAUUCUGCCACCUGUACCUCCCAGAAGAUGAGUUUCCUCCGUCCUACCCAUUUGACAUAGAAUCCAUGAACUUCCCAACUGAAAACCUUUGCUUUGUUGGGCUCCUGUCUAUGAUAGAUCCACCUCGUUCCACUGUGCCAGAUGCAGUGGCAAAGUGCCGGAGUGCUGGGAUCAAGGUGAUCAUGGUUACUGGAGACCACCCAAUCACGGCAAAAGCUAUCGCCAAAAGCGUUGGGAUUAUCUCAGCUGGGAGUGAAACGGUGGAUGAUAUCGCCAAACGCCUGAACAUCCCUGUGCAGCAGGUGAACAAACGCGAAGCAAAGGCCGCCGUGGUGAAUGGUGCGGAGCUAAAGGACGUGACUCCAGAAGAGCUGGAUGACAUCCUUGCCAAUCAUUCAGAGAUUGUGUUUGCCCGGACGUCCCCGCAGCAGAAGCUGAUUAUAGUGGAAGGUUGUCAGAGACAGAACAAGGUGGUGGCGGUGACAGGCGACGGUGUCAAUGACUCGCCAGCCCUGAAGAAGGCCGAUAUCGGCAUCGCCAUGGGGAUCGCUGGUUCAGACGCUGCCAAAAAUGCUGCAGAUAUGAUUUUGCUGGACGAUAACUUUGCCUCUAUCGUCACCGGCGUUGAAGAAGGACGUUUGAUCUUUGAUAACAUUAAGAAAUCCAUCGGAUACACCCUAACCAAGAACAUUGCCGAACUCUGUCCCUUCCUGAUAUACAUCAUCGCCGAUUGCCCUCUGCCUAUUGGCACCAUCACCAUCCUGUUUAUUGACCUGGGGACAGACAUUAUCCCUUCGGUCUCAUUCGCCUAUGAGAAAGCGGAGAGGGACAUCAUGAACAGGAAGCCGCGCAGGAAGAACGUGGACAGAUUGGUGAACCAGAACCUGGCUCUAUAUGCCUAUAUACAGAUCGGGGUUAUCCAGUCUGUCGGCGCUUUCUUCUGUUAUUUUACCGUCCUGGCUCAGCAGGGUUUUCUGCCCUACACCCUGCUGGGGUUACGCGUCUCCUGGGAAUUGACUACCAACAAUGACUUAGAGGACAGCUACGGGCAGGAGUGGACAUUCUUUCAGCGGCAGUUUGAGGAGUGGACGGUGUACACGGCGUUCUUUGUCAGCAUUGUCAUACAGCAGCUGGCCGAUCUGAUCAUCCGAAAGACCAGGAGAAACUCUUUAUUCCAGCAGGGCUUUUUCGGCAAUAAAUUCCUCCUGUUCGGCUUGGCGUCACAAGUGGCCAUCGCAGCGUUCCUGUCUUACUGCCCUGGGAUGCCGUUUGCAUUAAAGUUCUGCCCACUAAGGGUACAGUACUGGUUUGUGGCUCUCCCAUUCGCUGUCCUGAUCUUUGUCUAUGAUGAAAUCCGGAAACUGUUCAUCCGGCGCUACCCUGGCAGCUGGUGGGACAGGAACAUGUAUUACUGAGGUCCCCUGGACCGUUUGGUGCCUUCCCUGGUGGUGUGGACUGAUUACCCUGUCGUUAUAUCGAGAUCCUGUUUGUUGAACAAAUCGGGAGAAGAUACAUAUUAUAAAUGUGAUGUAUAAAGUUAAAUAAGACAAAUCCCUACUUUACCACGUGACCUGUACAAAGAAGCGAGUCCUCCGCCCCUGUAAAUCCAGACUGUGUAUAGUCCCAGACUCUUUUGUAAAAAAAUAAAAAUAAAAAAAUAAAAAAAGAGUAGCAACGUCAAUAAAAGUAUUUUUUUCAUGAA